GCGUUUAGUCUCGUACUGUGUUUGCUUCGAAACGGUUCGCUCCCUUGGUAGCGAGUGCACAAAACUACUACUAUACACUGCCUACUCUGUGACUUGUUCGUGUGCGUGUGUAUGUGUGUGUGUGCUUCUGCAAGAAGUGCCUACUUAGUUGUGAGAUUUUAUUAGAAAAAGAAGAACAAACUUUACGCAGCCAAAAUGUCCACCGUGGACGCCCAGGUGCAGAGCCCGAUCGAGGGCGCCAAUCAAUCAGCCACCAUACUGCAGCUAGCAAUGGCUGCCCUUCGGCUGACGAAAGUCCCGGGGACCGAUAGUAACAACAACCUCCAGCAGCGACUGCGGCCCGUGAUUUCGCUCAGCGAGGUGGCUUAUCACGAUUGCUACGACGAUUGCUGGAUCGUGCUGUACGAUCGAGUGUACGAUAUUACGAAUUUCCUCCGAUUGCACCCCGGUGGACAUGAUGUGCUGGUGGAGAAUGCUGGACGUGAUGCUACGAUCGCUUUCCUCAACGCGGGCCACUCUGCAAUGGCGAUCAAGUCGCUGAAGCUGUACGAAAUUGGAGAACUGCCCCCGAACGAGUGCAUCUACCGAUGUGUGGGAAAGCUUACCCUUACAAACCUUCCCGAUUAGGACAUUUUCCCCUUGCAUUUCCUCCCUUAUGUUUCUCUCUAUCUCUUUACCUUCCCUCCCAUUUCCAUGAUCGCAAGCCCGAAACUGAAACGCUCGGUUUCAUGCUCUACUGAUUAUUUAUUUGCAUUAUUUCGUCCCUUCUCUAUCUGUCCCAUCUCUGUUUCUCAUUAACAAGCGUGCGGGAGCGCACCCGCGUCUCCUGAAGCAUGGUAGUAGAGCUUUAAAUUAAAAAAACCUCCGAUGCGACAGUAUUUGAGUAAUGUUGAAGGGAAACGGAUUAGCUUAAGCACACUACAAGGCAAGCCAAGGUACAGCGAGCAGGAAGAUCUUGCAGCCUCCCAAGCCACGGUUCAUAGUACACUCUCCCUGGAACCUGAAACAAUCCCCAAAAUGGUUGGUGAUAGGAGCCUGUUUGAGUAGUUUCUUCCUGCCCGUACGAACGGCAUCGUUUAUCGCCUGCUCUACGACGUACCACUCCGCACAAGCUCGGGUUCCGGGUCGGCCGUAAGAUUGAGUAGGUCAGGCGAAACAAUUGAAUACCGUUGGCGGUUGUGUUCUUAUUAUAGCCUGCCCUAGCCAAGAAUUAAUUAGUGACGUUUGGAGCAUUGAUUAACGAGGGUAGCCCAAUUACGGACGCACACUGCAGAAUAAAUCAAUAAUUGUGCCACAUUCCAUCAAAUUGCGCAACGUUGCCAAUGACAUUAAUUUUAAUCUAUCAAACCAACAAAACCAACGUCGGACGUCUGUUGAUAAUGAAUAAAAGAGGAUACUGUUAAUAUGUUUAGUAA